AUGCAGGACAGUCUGCAGCGUGCGGAGGGGAGUGUGAGCCACCUGCAGCAGCUGCUGGAGCUGUUGCUGCAGCAGCUAACACAGAAAUCUGUCCAAGUUGGUGUGUGCUUAGAUGCGCUGCAGCCUUUGGGGUUUUAUUUAAGGGGCUCGAAGCUGUUGAGUUGUUCAACAGAUACACCUCAUUCAUCGCUUAAGAAGGCUAGCAGCAGGCGGCAGUCUGCAGCAGGUGCAGCAGACAAAGCAACUGCUGCUGCAGCUGCAGCUGCUGCUGCAGCUGCUGCUGCACAGGUUGCUGCAGCAGAAGCCAUUAGGGACACCGAAAAUGCAGGAGGAGCAAUAGAACGCCUGCCAACAAACCAGCAGCAGCACCAACUGCAGCAGCAGCAACUGCAGCAGCAGCAGCUUAAAACACAGGCGGAGCAGCGGCAAAACCAGCAACACCACCAGCGACUGCAGCAGCAACAACAAGAGCAGCAGCAACCACAGCAGCAACAGCCAACGGAAAAGCAGGCUGCACGGCCUCCGUCCAAGUUAACACCUAAUGCAGGGCCUUCUAGUGUAAAGAAGCAGCAGCCGCAGCAGCAAAACGCCCCUGAACCUCCAACGGCAAAUCCUCCAGCAGCAGCAGUAUCAAUCAAUACAGCAGCAGAUAAGGCUGCUGGUGCUGCUGCUGCGCUCAAGAAUGCCCCAGCGGGUUCCAUACCGAAGGCAGCAGGAAUUUCUUUAUCGGCGCCUGCAGCAACUGCCAAUAAAGAAGAGGUACUUGCCCCAGCUGCGGCAUCAGCGGCAGCUGCAGCAACACCACCAGCAACGUCAGCCCCAGUACCACCUCUAGCACCACCACCACCUGCAGCAACAGCACCAGCACCUGCAGCAACAGCAACAGAAACAGCAGCAGCAACAGCAGUAGCAACGGCUGCAGCAGCAACAGCAAUUGCUCCUGAAGGUGGUGCCGCUACAAUCAGGAAAAGACAGAAGAGAAAACCAGGACAGGAAAAUGGAGCUGCUGCUGCUGGUGUUGCUGCUGCUCCGCCCGUAAGAAAGCGCAGACGGCCGCAACAGCAGCAGCAACAACAACAACAGAUGCCUCCAGAUGAACAGCCAGCCAACCCCAAAGGGCCUAAGCAGCAGAGCGAGUCGCACCAAGACCUUGCUGCCCAGCAGCAAAAGCAAAAGUCGUCGGAGUGCCUGCAAGGAGCCGCAGCAACUGCAGAAGAAUCAGCAUCGCCAACAGCAGUAGCAGCAUCAGAAGCAGCAGCAUCAGAAGCAGCAGCAACAACGCCAACGCCUCAUGCAGCAGGUUCUUGCGAGGCACGUGCGGCGUCAAAGCUUCCUGUCUGCACAACAGCCAGCGCAUCUCCAACAAAAACAACUCCUACUGUUGUUGCUGCUGAGGGCGCAGCUCCACCAGCACAGUCACCCAGGGGUGCUGCUGCAGCUAAGCCUGCCCACCUGACCCAAAAGGAUGCAACAGCAGCAGCAGCAGCUGGUGCUGCUGCAGCUGCUGCUCCAAAAACGACAUUGAAGUCAGAACUACAGGCAGGAGCAGCAGCUUCUGCCAAAGCACCACAAGCACCCGCAACAACAACAGCGACGGCAGCAGCGGCCGCACCGGCAGAAUCAGAAUUGGUGUCACUUCCUGCUCUGCUGCCAAGGGGCAAGCAGAAGCAAGCAGCAAUAUCUCCAGCAGCACCCCCCGGAGACCGGGUGCAAAAUGGAGGCUCUCCCAAUAGGGGACCAGCCCGAGGUGCACCAGCAGCUGCAACAGCUGCGACAACUGCUGCGUCUGCCUCUGCUCCAGGCCCUACGUUGGGGGAUGCCACUCCUGGUGCCCUUAACAGCCAGCAGCAGGCAGUUGUUCUUCAGCGAAAGCAGAAGCAGCAGCAGCAGCAAAAGGGUCCACAGCCUCUAGCGCGCCAACUGAGUCCACAGGUUCAGCAGCAGCAACAACAACAAGCGAAAGUGCCAUCGCCAAAGGGCGGGAGCGUCGCAGAAGCUGCUGCAGGGGCGACGCAACGGUCGCAGCAGCAGCCGCAACAGCAUCAACAGCAACAGCAGCCAAAAUCGGAGGAGCAGCAUGAAAAGCAGCAGCAGCAGUUGCUGCAGCGGCGGCUAAGACAGCGUCUGCAACAGCAGCAGAGAAGAAGAGUAAAGGCGGCCUUAAAUAGUGGCCUGCAGCGAGACACGAAGCCCAAGCCAAAAGCCCCCCGCAGCAGCAGCAGCAGCAGCAGUAGCAGCAGCAGUAGCAGCAGCAGCAGCAGCGACGAGGCAGGGGCACUGAAGGAGCCUGCAAAGCCGAGACCCCGCAGCAGCAAUGGUAGCAGCCGCAACAGCAGCAGCAGCACUUCCGGAAACAGCAACACCACAAGCAGCAGCAUCAUCCAGAAGGUGAAGUUUAGCAGCAGCAGCAGUAAGCUCAGCAGCACUAGCAAGACAGGCGGCGCAGCAGCAACAAACAGUCCGCAGCAAAAGCCCAGCAUGCAGCGGCAGCAGGUGGAGGUAAGGCCUAAUCCUGCAGCAGCUGCUUCUGCAGCAACCGCAGCAGCAGGUGUAGCAGCAACAGCAACUAAACUGGCUGCCACAGCAGCAGCCAGUGCUGCAGCAGCUCGUGCCUCCUCCUCCUCUUCAGCGCCAGUAGCAGCACUGGCGAUAGAGGCAGGAAUGGCGAAAAGAGCAGCAGGAGCAGCAACAACGAGUGUAAAGGCAGCAGCAGCAGAGCCACCUGCUGCUGGAGCUCCGAGCAAACCGACAGCAGAAGUUGCUGCUGGUGCAGACGGGAGGAAGCGAGACCGGCCGUCGCCUGUACAUGCUGGAACAAUAGCAGCAACAACUGCAGCAGCUCCUGCACCGGCUCGAGGCUCGAAGGCAGCAUCUAGCAGCAUCUCACCAGCAGCGACCCCUGCAGCAGCAACAGCAGCAACAGCAACAGCAGCAGCGGCAACAGCAGCAGCAAGGGCGGCUCCCGCAGCAGCAACCAAAUCUGGGGCAACAGACUGUGGGUCGAAGGUACUGCCUGCUUCUGACCUUACGAUGAAACCAGCUGUCUCCAGGAAACCCUCAGCUCCAGCACCAGCAGCAGCAGCACCUGCUGCUGCUGCUGCUGCAGAGGACAGCGACAAAGAUCCGUGGCUGCCGGAGGCUGCUGCUCCUGUUGGCGCUGCUGCUGCAGCUGCAGUUGCUGCUCCAUGUGAGAGGCUGUCUUCGUCGUCAAACGAGUCAAAGUCUUCUAAAGAAGUAUUUCCAGGAGGAUUGCGCCCCAGUCAAGCAACAGCAACAGCACCAGCAGCACCAGCAGUAGGCAGGGACAAGUCGCAGUUAUCAGGAAGGCAGCAGCCAUGGGAAGGAAGACUGCCUAGGCCCUGUAAAGAGCUGUCUCCGAGCAGCACCUGCAACAGACAGAGGCGGCGCCAGCGCAGCCGUAGCAGAAGCGACCACAGCAAAAGCAGUAGGAGGAAGAGCAGCAGCAGCAGCAGAAGCAGAAGAAGCAGUAGCAGCAGCAGGCGCCACCAUGUGAGGCCUUCGACACACUUUAGGCGCAGCCGUACUAACAGCAGGGAUGGCAGCCGCCCCCGUGAGCGGGCCCACCCUGGCCACUGGAAGCGCUGCGGUAGCAGCAGUAGAAGCAGCAGUAGAAGCAGUAGCUGCAGCAGACGCAGGCGUCGGAGCAGCAAAUAUCCGUUCGAAACCAGACACCGAGAAGACCGAAGAGGUAGGCCCAACAUGGAGUCACCCUCAAGGUGGCGAGGCGGUCACUACCGCAACAGCAGCAACAGCAACAGCAGGAGCAGCAGGCAGUAUCCCGGCCAUAGAUACCGUAGCCCCUCUCCUCGUGGAGACCGCUACGGCCGCUUAAGGAUGCAUGCGCCCUACUACCCGCACCAGCGGCAACAGCAGCAGCAACAACAACAACAACAACACCGGAGAGAGCAACAACGGAGUCGUGUGUCUCCAGGGGAACGUUCAGGGUCUCCCACAAGAGGCAGAAGAAGCAGCAGCAACAACAGCAGCAACAGCAGCAACAGCAGCAACAACAGCACUCAAAGGUUCACCAGCCAUACAGCGCAUGCUGUCAGCGGCAGGACGUACACAGAGUUCCGAAGCAAACAGGAGGGUAGCGCCACCACCAGCGGCAGCAGCAGCAGUAACAACAACAGCAGCAACAGCUACAGCAAGCGAGACAGCAAGAGCAGCAGCGCGAUGUAUGAGGACGGCACAAAGCACGCUGCUGGCAGCAGCGACGGCAGCAGUGCCUGUGUAACCAGCUCCACCAGCAGGCCUGGCCCGGGUAGCAGCACUGGGAGCGGAGAUAGCAGCAGCACGGCCAGAAGAGACGAAUACAACAGCAGCAAAUUUGGCGCGCGCAACAGCAGCAACAAGAGCACCAGCAGCGAAGCCAAGCCCGAAGAAGAGACAGCAGGGACCAGCAGUAGCAACAGCAAAGGCAGCAGCAGCAGGAACGACCGAGACGACAACUGCACGGAACCGACCAGGGGCGCAUGCCCCAGUAGUGAUAGCAGUAGCAGCAGCAGCAGUAGCAGUAGCUGGCGUAGCAGCAGCAGCAGCAAUAACAAUAAAGACGGCAACAGUGGCUUUGGCGCCCAAGCAAGCGGCAGCUGCAGCAGCGAAGUUCCUUGUAUGAGUCAAACAGCAUCCGCAGUUCGCAGCAGCAGCAACAACAGCAGCAGAGGCGAGAGCACCAGCAGGAGCAACAACAGCAGCACCAAGGCCGAAAUACACACAGUCCAAGAGCAGCGUGAUAUUUCUACUGCUGCGGCAGAAAGCCCUAUAGUAGCGGCUACUGCAAGUCUAGCUUCUGCAUGCAGUCCUAUACAAGAAUCCCCGCAGCAGCUGCAGCAGCAAGGAGAAGAAGAAGAACGAGAAGAGGAACUGGAGAGGGAGCUUCAUGCAGUGGAGCAACACGAGGUGCUCGAGCAGCAGCAGGAGCAGCAGCAGUACCAACCAACAGAGGUACAGAAGCAGUUACCAGAAGAAAAGCGGCAGGUGCAGCAGGAGGACGAAGAGGAACAGGAGGAGGGGCAACUGCAGCACAAGCGUACAGAAGACGUUAGUCCUGCUGCUCCGGAGAGCGACGACAGCAGCAAAACAUCCAGCAGCGGUAUACGCAUGAGGAUCAACAGCAUCACAGGUGGCAGCAACAGUAGCACCAGCAACAGUAGCACCAGCAACAGUAGCACCAAUAACAGUAGCACCAGCAGCAGUAGCAGCACUAACCGUAGCAGCGGCAACAGCGACAGCGAAGACGACAGCGAGGCGCCGACUUCGCUGCAGCAACCGCAGCAGCAAACGAAGCUGCAAAAAGAAACACAGCAGCAGCAAGAAGUCCAGGAGGGACAGCAGCAACAGGAACUGCAGCAACAGCACAAAGAGCAACUGCAGCAACAGCACCAAAAGGAAAUGCUCCGACAGCAGCAACAGGAACUGUCGGACCAGCAACAGCAGCAAAAGGAACUGCAGCAGCAGGAAGAUGUCCAGCAACGGAGCCCACAAGAGCAGCCGCAGCAGCAGCAAAUGGAAACGCCUGCAAGCAGUAGCAUUUCUGCUGGUCCGGAUGCUGCUGCCUCUGCAGCAACGGAGGCCGCUUCCUCAGCAUCAGCUCCAGCUGCAGCAGCACCGCAGCGUUGCCGCCCUAGUGAAGAGCAAGAGAGAACAGCAGCAGCAGCGGCUGCAUCAGCAGCAGUAGCAGCUGUAGACGAGCGUGUUGUUGCUGACUGUUGCUCCCUUCGAAGAGCACUUGAAGAGAAACCAGCGGUAAGGAGCACCCGCCGCAGUAGUAGUGGUAGUAGCAACAGUGCCAGAAGAAGCAGCACUAACAGCAGCAGCAGCAGAAGAGAAAGAGAAAACGGGCAGUUGCGUUUGUUUUUUAGUGUUUUUCUUUUGUCUUGUUUGUUUUUAGAAUUCAUCAGAAAUUCAUCUUUUGCUGCGAGCAGCAAAACAUUUGCUGCUGCAGGAAGCAUCGCAGGAAACACUCAUGCAUUGUCUUAA